CUAAGUCAAAUUCUCGUCUUCCGGUUAUGAAGGUCUGUGGGAGUUAAAGAACUUUAGACAAGAGAAGGAGGACGAUGGAGGAUUUUCACAUUAGCACACUGGAGGUGGUGUGUUUGGGUUCGAGUGUGGCUCUUUCUGGUCUGCUUUACUAUAUUUACAAAAGGAAACGCAGAACUGUGGACAAACUUAAUGGAGCUCCACAACUGCCAUUGGAUGAGAAGUUGGCAGAUCUUUUAAACGCCACCCCAGGGAAAUGUCUGCAGUACGUGGUUAUCGAGGGUACAGUGCAGCCUAUAGGAGAACCAUUAAGGAGUCAAUUUCAGGAAGGAAGUGUCGGUGUCAUCCAAAAACUAGUCCUCAGGGAACACAAACUUGUUUGGAAUAGUUUAGUGCGCACGUGGACAGACAGCGAGCGUGUUCUUCACCAGCGUGUGAAUGCUGUACCCUUCAACCUUCAGGGUGUUAACAAGGCGCUCGUGCGUGUGCUCUGCCCUCUGGAAGCCACUGGCCCCAAGAUGGAAGUCGUCCAUGAGAAGUUCCACCAGGCUAGUUAUGGCUUCACAGAUCUGAUUGGUCAAUACCUGAGCGGAGAGAAACCCAAAGGUCAGUUAGAAACAGAGGAGAUGUUAAAGGUCGGAGCAUCCCUGACUGCAGUGGGAGAGCUCAUCCUGGACACCGACCGUCUCCCCAAACUCCGCCCACCCACAGAUGGCUCUGAAUACUUCAUGAGCACGGAAGACUUUGAGACGCUGCUAUUGGAGCAGGAGGUGCAGGCCGAUGUAUGGAAGGUGCUGUCGUGCGUUUGCGCUCUAGCAGGCGUGGCCGUGCUGCUAUGGGUGGGCCGCAGGUACUACAGACAAUUAAAGCUACGUUGGGAAGAAGAAAAGAUGAGGAGGGAGUUUGAGUUGAUGGGUGCUGGAAACAGUGGGUUGGAAGAGAACGGCGAGGACGUUUCAGAGAAUGCAUGUGUCAUAUGCUUGAGUAAUCCACGAAGCUGCGUGCUGCUGGAUUGUGGACACGUGUGCUGCUGUUUUGGUUGCUAUCAGGCCUUGCCCCAACCUUACUGUCCCAUCUGCAGACAGGUUAUCAAACGAGUGGUGCCUUUGUACCAGGCAUAAUUGUAUAUUAGUGGAUUUGUGUGGUUGGCUGAAUUUAACUGCUUUUAGAAACUGCUUCAAACAUCAAAACAUUUUAACAUGCUACUAAAAAACUAGUACUGCAGUAAACAAUAUACCUGUGACUGAAUCAAAUGCAACAAAAUUCUAGAUAAUCAGUCACUUGUGUCACAAAUAUCAGAACUGCAAUAUUGUGAACGGGGGCUAGAAAUAGUUGCACGAGACAUUUAAACAUUUCAACAUGGUAGUACUAAGGUAUUAUCUAAUGUUUUCUAUAUAUUUGCACAAAGCCUCACUAUGACUCUCACCGAUAAACCUUUGUUUGCCAUGCAUGUGUUAAAAUGGUUAGUCUUUAGUCUAAUUGAGCUGAUUUUUUUUGCAACAUCAACAAGCACAUUGAACAUUUAUUAUACUGAUAAAUGUACCUGAUGAUGUACAAAAACACAGCUUGAGAAUGAUGAUGCAAAUAUAAAGAUCAUUUUUAAUAUGCUCAGCUUAGUGCCUUAAAUAACAAGUGAAAGUGCAGUGCUAAGCUUGUUGAAUCCUGUUUGUUUUAAACUAAUUUUGGAAAUGGGUCUAUUGUUUAACUAAGGAUUUUGGUUACUGUCCUUCUAAUUAAUCACUACUGUGUAUAUGAUGUUUUUGCAAAUCUUUGUGAUUUGAGAUUAUGUCCCAUAUAGUGAAAUUUCACAGGUACUGUAAAAAUGUAUUUAACAAUAAAUAUAAAACAGGAAGAUCCUCAGUAAGCCUUUA